CCCCUGGUGGUGGCAGAGCUCACACAGGCCUUCAGUCUUGACUUUUACGUCGUGUUAUGGAUUGUUCUUUGUCAGAUAGAAGCUAAACAGAUAAACAUAACCUGCCGCCUUGUGUUUCAGAAGCCUCACAUGCCUCCCAUAUUUCAUUAAAAAUGUAAACAUUAGGGAAAUAUAUUUAAGUAACUGGAGUGUAAUCUCGUAAUCUUGUAAAAUCCAUAUUCUGCCCACAUAUACGAUGCAUGUUACUGGUAAGUGCAAAGGGGACCAUGGUGAGGCGGUGACGGUUCUUAACAUACACAGGAUUGGAGCUGCAUAGAUCUUCAAGGAUGCAUUUCAGUGCAUUAGUUUAAUUGUAAAGUCGGUAUUUUAAAUGCUGUGCUGUCACCAUGAAGACUUUCGAGCUCAACACUGCUGGGGUCAGACACAUGGAGUGAUUUUUGGAUGCAGUUUUGUAAAAGAAUCCUCUUCAGUGCAGUCAGUUUCAUUACUCUAACUGGGCUGUACUUACCUGAUAUACCAAAUUACAGCUCUGACUCUUAGCUGUAUGUCUCGACAUUCACUGGAAAGAGAAAGUGAUUUUUUUCUGGGGAAAUUAGUAACAUGGUAUUUUCAUCUAUAUGUCUACCUGUGGAGGAAAUACAAGCUGAAAUCGUUACCUGCAGUACAUUUGUGUUUAAUGGAGCGAGUGUACGUGUGUGUGUGCGCACGCGCGUUUGUGUGUGUGUAACCGUGGGUAGUAGCAAUUUUUAAUGUAUCGGCACGAGGCUUGCCGCUCAGCACGUGCCCAGGCAUCCGCCUGGCCCUGCCCACUGCGGUGCACCUUCUCCGGUUUAAACGCGCAGGAGACCGAAGUGCUGCACGAGCCGCAGUUUAUCCACGUAACCGCUCGCUCAGCUGUGGGAUCCUUGCAGAGGCGGUUGCCACGGUAACGCCAAACAGAGCCUGCAUGGUUACGUAAUGCCCUCAGUGUUUACGUUGUGGAUGAGCCGCAGACUUGACGACCGUCGAAGUUGAUUGACGGGGCUGCAGUCCCGCAAACCGAUGUGCGUUUGUCCGACAAAAAACUACAAACAUGAGGAUACAGUUCCCUUUAAUCUAUAUGUUUAUGAUAAAUAUAAAUCUUAAGCAGAAUGGACUCGUGUCUAGCAAGAGAUUAACCGUGUAGCUGCCGACUGACCUUACUAGAGAAAAUGAUAUCAGUUUCUGCGGCAGGAGGGGGAGAAAAUAGAGCAAGGGGCGGACAAAGGGUGGGUGAGUGUGUGUGUGUGUGUGUUUGGGGAGGUGAGAGAGGCAGCAGCACAGAAGCAGGGACGGGACGGUGCUGUUAAUCCAACUUCAGCGAAGUUGAGAGCGGACCUUCAUCCUCGCGACCUUGCGGAGAUGCGGCGGUCAUCUGUCACUGAAAACAGCGCACAUCUUGCCAUAAUUUAGACGGUGACUGUUAGGAAAGACAGGAUGACAGUACUUAAAGAUUUCCCGGAAAAAUGGUUUCCAGUCGUUCUCCCUCUGCAAAGAAAAACCCAGAAAGGAGUGAAUGGAGCGAAAUCGAAAAAGAAGCGGACAGAGGAGGAGAGAAGGGUCAGAGCCAAUGACAGAGAGUACAACGAAAAGUUUCAGUAUGCGAGUAACUGCAUUAUGACAUCCAAAUACAACAUCAUCACCUUCCUGCCCGUCAACUUGUUUGAGCAGUUCCAGGAAGUAGCCAACACAUACUUCCUUUUCCUGCUCAUACUGCAGUUAAUACCUCAGAUCUCCUCCUUGUCCUGGUUCACCACCAUCGUGCCUUUAGCUCUGGUGCUGAGCAUCACUGCAGUAAAGGAUGCCACAGACGACUAUUUUCGUCACAAGAGCGACAACCAAGUGAACAACCGUCAGUCUCAGGUCCUCAUCCAUGGCUCGCUCCAGAAUGAAAAGUGGAUGAAUGUUCGAGUGGGUGAUAUCAUUAAACUGGAAAACAACCAGUUUGUGGCAGCUGACCUGCUUCUGUUAUCCAGCAGUGAACCUCACGGGCUCUGUUACAUCGAGACAGCCGAGCUGGACGGGGAGACCAAUAUGAAGGUGCGUCAGUCUGUCUCAGUGACAUCUGAACUUGGAGAUCCAAACAACUUGGCUUCAUUCAAUGGUGAGGUGGUGUGUGAGCCCCCCAACAACAAACUGGAUCGUUUCUGUGGGACUCUGUAUUGGCGAGAUAAGAAGUACACUCUGACCAACCAGAACAUGCUGCUACGAGGAUGUGUCCUCCGCAACACGGAGGCCUGCUACGGCCUGGUGAUCUUCGCAGGACCUGAUACCAAACUAAUGCAGAACAGCGGUCGCACCAAGUUUAAGCGUACGAGCAUCGAUCGUCUGAUGAACACUCUAGUCCUCUGGAUCUUCGGCUUCCUGGUGUGUAUGGGUGUGAUCCUGGCUGUGGGUAACGCAGUGUGGGAGAGAGAGGUGGGCUCCUUGUUUCAGAGCUAUCUGCCCUGGGACCCUCCUGUAGACAACUUCCUGUUCUCUGCCUUCCUCUCCUUCUGGUCCUACGUCAUCAUUCUCAACACUGUGGUGCCUAUCUCUCUGUAUGUCAGUGUGGAGGUGAUCAGGCUGGGUCACAGCUACUUCAUUAACUGGGACCAGCACAUGUUCUGCUCGCAGUGUAACACAGCAGCUGAGGCCAGGACCACCACCCUGAACGAGGAGCUGGGCCAGGUUGAAUACAUCUUCAGUGACAAGACUGGAACUCUCACUCAGAACAUCAUGAGUUUUAAUAAGUGCUCCAUCAAUGGACAGACUUAUGGUGAAGUAACAGACCCGCUGGCACCAAAACCAAAGAGAUUAGACUUCACUCCUUUCAACCCCCUGGCGGACCCGGACUUCUGUUUCUAUGAUGACACCCUGCUGGAAUCAGUGAAAGUGGGAGACUUACACACUCACGAGUUUUUCCGCCUGCUCUCCCUCUGUCACACCGUCAUGAGUGAGGAGAAGAGCGAGGGAGAGCUGGUUUAUAAGGCUCAGUCUCCAGAUGAAGGCGCUCUAGUGACUGCUGCUCGAAACUUUGGCUUCGUGUUCCGCUCCCGAACCCCUGGGACGAUAACCACAACAGAGAUGGGACGGCUUGUCACCUACACUCUGCUCGCCAUACUGGACUUUAACAACAUACGCAAAAGGAUGUCUGUUAUAGUACGUAACCCAGAGGGCAGGAUCCGUCUGUACUGUAAAGGAGCUGACACGGUGCUACUGGAGAGACUCCACCCCUGCAACCAGGAACUGAUGACUAUCACCUCAGACCACCUCAAUGAGUAUGCAGCAGACGGCUUGCGGACGCUGGCGCUGGCCUACAGGGACCUGUCAGAGGACGAGUGGGAGGUGUGGUCAGAGAGCCACCACUGCGCUGACAAGGCCACCAGCUGUAGGGAGGACCGACUGGCAGCCGCUUAUGAAGAGAUCGAACAAGACAUGAUGCUCCUGGGUGCCACAGCCAUAGAGGACAAGCUGCAGGAAGGCGUCCCAGAGACCAUCGCAGUGCUCUCUCUGGCUAACAUUAAGAUCUGGGUUCUCACUGGAGACAAGCAGGAGACGGCUGUCAACAUAGGUUACUCCUGCAAGAUGCUGACAGACGAUAUGACAGAGGUGUUCAUCAUCAGUGGACACACUGUGCAGAGCGUGCGACAGGAGCUCAGGAGAGCGAGGGAGAGGAUGAUCGAGCUGUCACGAACAAGAGAUGGAGGGAAGGAGGAUGGGAUGGAGGGAUGGGGAGAGGCAUGUUUCAUGGGUAAUGGGUUCAGAGAAGGACAAGAGGGAGAUGAUGUGGGAGGUGGAGGAGGAGGGAAACAUCUGCAGUGCCCUCCUCCUCCACCUCCCUCCAACAACCUCAUGGACAACAUCUCUGGAGAAUUUGCCCUCGUAAUCAACGGUCACAGUCUGGCUCAUGCACUGGAAGCAGACAUGGAGAUGGAGUUUGUGUCGACAGCAUGUGCAUGCAAAGCGGUGAUCUGCUGCAGAGUCACCCCACUCCAAAAGGCCCAGGUGGUGGAGCUCAUCAAGAAACACAAGAAAGCCGUCACUCUGGCUAUUGGAGACGGAGCUAACGACAUUAGCAUGAUCAAAAGUGCUCAUAUUGGAGUUGGUAUCUCAGGUCAGGAGGGGAUACAGGCUGUGCUGGCCAGUGACUACUCGUUCUCGCAGUUUCGUUUCCUACAGCGCCUCCUGCUGGUGCACGGCCGCUGGUCCUACCUCCGCAUGUGCCGUUUCCUCUGCUACUUCUUCUACAAGAACUUUGCCUUCACCAUGGUGCACUUCUGGUUUGGCUUCUUCUGUGGCUUCUCUGCACAGACCGUGUAUGAUCAAUACUUCAUCACUCUCUACAACAUUGUCUACACUUCCCUCCCUGUGCUGGCCAUGGGGAUAUUUGACCAGGAUGUUCCUGACCAAAGGAGUCUGGAGUAUCCUAAACUGUAUGAGCCUGGACAGCUCAACCUCCUCUUCAACAAGAGAGAGUUCUUCAUCUGCAUCGCCCAGGGCAUCUACACAUCAGUGGUGCUGUUUUUUGUCCCUUACGCCGUCCUGUCCGAUGCUACUCAGAGCAAUGGAGUGCCCCUCGCUGACUACCAGACCUUCGCGGUCACCACGGCUACAGCCCUGGUCAUUGUGGUCAGCGUACAGAUUGCUCUUGACACGGGCUUCUGGACAGUUAUCAACCACGUGUUUGUGUGGGGCUCUCUGGGCUCCUACUUCACCAUCAUGUUUGCUCUGCACAGUGAAACCCUCUUCAGGAUCUUUCCCAAUCAGUUCCACUUUGCAGGCUGUGCCCAGAGCACAUUAUUGCAACCAGUCGUGUGGUUAACUAUUGCACUGGCAACAGCAAUAUGCAUAGUUCCAGUUUUGGCAUUCCGCUUCCUCAAGGUGGACCUCAAACCUCAGCUCUCAGACACGGUGCGUUAUACUCAGCUGGUACGGCAGAAGAAGCGAAAGCCAGUAGGUCGUGGCGUGGGAGGCGCCUGGCGUGGCGUGGGCAGUAUGUCAGAGGGCCGUCUGGGCGCUCGCGGUGGUUCUAGGAGGUCAGGCUACGCCUUUGCUCACCAGGAAGGAUUUGGAGAGCUGAUCACCUCAGGAAAGAACAUGAGGCUCUCGUCUCUGGCUUUGGCCACCUUUGCCUCUAAACACAGCUCCAGCUGGAUCGACACGCUCCGCAGGAAGAAACAUACUCACGCUCACACUCCCCCCAGUGCCUCCGGGGAUUGCAGCCCAGCGCCCAGUUGUGUCUCCGGGUCAGUUCCACCGCUCUCAAACUCCUCCUCUGUUCUGGGCGGCUCCCAGGAUACACCUAACGAGGAAGAAACGGGUGCAGCGCCAGCCCAGAAUACGCAGACUGUUCUCACCUCAUCCACACAAAGCAAACCAGCCUUAGCACCAGCUUCAGAAUCAGAUGCAUCUGAAGCUUCAGCCCAGGCCCUCGGUGCUGGUGCCCUCACCCCCACCGCAGUGAGGAGCCAUGUGGGAGACUCACCUGGAGGCUGGACGAUCACGCUGGGGACUGUGCAGGAAGCUCUGUUUGGAAGGAAGACUCGAGCCGGUGCAUCCAGCAGCCCAGGCUUACCUUCUGUUGCCAAGGAAACCAGCCACACUGAGUGAAACAUUGAGGAUAACUGGAGGAAUUGCUUUUUGGAGACACAGAAUGCGUUACAUGCAAAUAGAGCACACAGACGUCAUAAAAAUGUUCUUCUCUCUGUUUUCCUAACUGAAACUCGUGUGCUCCCAUAACUGUGUUCAUGAACUGGUAGCUGACAGAAUAUCAUGAGAUUUAGAGUAUGAAACUGAAGGAAAGCAGCAGGGGCAGAAACACAUUUCAAGGUAACUUACUACUAAUGAUCCAAAAGUUUUGUUUUCACUUGUUAUUUCAGAAAGUUUAGCCUCACUUGCAACCAAGUCUCACAGCAUCAGUCAAAGUCGGCAGUGGGUUGAGUGAAUGAACAGAAUAACAAGACAUUCAGCCAUAGAAGUGCAGGCAGUAUUUAAAAGUGUUUUUGCUAAACAGUAUCCUCAAGCCUCUGUGUUCACUAUAGUUCUCAGUGAGAACGAAACUUUUAAGUUAUAGAGCACUGCAAGACUUUUGCAAAGCUGUUGUCUCUUUGUUCUCUUACUUGUUAUACAUCUACAUCUCAUGUUUCCCUUUAUUUUUUUGCAUCAUAUUGAUGUGUUUUAUAAUAGCUUAAUUGAGUUGCAUCUUGAAGCAAGCUCUCAGUGCUUUGUCCCCUCUUUCCAGGUGUCGCGUCCAAAUCAUGCUAAUAACCUCGGAUGUAAUCGUGCCGUCACAGUCUGAAAAACUGAAUGAAAAGACAAACUGCUGCUGGUUUACUUUAGGUUACAUCUGGGCAAAGUUCAAAGAAACAGAGAGACAGUAAAUGGACAUUUAAAGGUAGUUUGUCAAACCCUCAGUCGUACAUGUUGUCAUUUUGUGUGAACAGAUUCAUACCGUAUGCAUACUGUACACUUCAGUAAAGUCCUUUACAUUUUUAUUUAUCCAUGAAUAAAGUGAAGGUGUUUGGGGAUAA